AUGGCAACUGCACUAAACGUUCAAUGUACAAAAUGUGCGAAAAGUGCUGGUAUAGCUACAUGCAAUGGCUGUUUAGCAAAAUUGUGCAGACGGUGUUUCAAUGAUCAUCGUCAAGAUUUGUUAAAAGAAUUCGACAAUGUUGUUUAUGCGCACGAUAUUCUUAAACAAAAGCUCGAAACACCAAACAAAAAUGACUCACAUCGUUUGUUAAAACAGAUUGAUGAAUGGAAGAAAGACUCUGUCGAUAAAAUUAAUCAGCUCGCUGAGCAAUGUCGGACUGACGUUAUCAUAUUGCUAGAUAAAAACAAGGAUGAGCUUAUUGACAGAUUUCGCAAAAUAUCGAAUAGAGUUCACAAAGGUCGAGACGACGAAGAUUAUGUUGAACGAGAUCUCAGUAAGUGGAUGGCUGACUUAAAAGAACUAACAGAUGAACUUAUCAAACCAUCGAAUUUCCGCAUCGAAGAGGAUAAACAAUCGCCUUGGAUUCAAAAGAUCAGAGUACGCGAAGAUAUCCACGACCAAGCAAAGGUGAAAGAUGGUAAGUGGUGGUUCAACUUUGUCAAUAAACAGAUUUAA